AUGAAGUCAUGCUUUGCAUUUAAGCCUCUGCUGAAUCUGAAUCUAUCCGUAAUUUCAGCCUUUUUGUUUUCCAAAAGAAAUCUUCAAAGGUUGAACAUGGGGAAUCAUUCUACUGCAAUUGUAUUUGUGUUGAUGGGAUUAACACAGCAGCCAGAGCUCCUGCUGCCUCUUUUCCUCCUGUUCCUGGGAAUUUAUGUGGUAACAGUCAUGGGGAACCUGGGCAUGAUCCUGCUCAUCACAGUCAGCCCACUGCUGCACACUCCCAUGUAUUAUUUCCUCUGCAGUUUAUCCUUCGUUGAUCUCUGCUAUUCCACUGUCAUUACACCCAAAAUGCUGGUGAACUUUCUUGGGAAGAAAAAUUUGAUCCUCUUUUCUGAGUGCAUGGCUCAGCUCUUUUUGUUUGUGAUCUUUGUGGUGGCUGAGGGUUACCUCCUGACUGCUAUGGCAUAUGAUCGAUAUGUGGCCAUCUGCAGACCACUGCUGUACAAUGUGAUUAUGUCCUCUAGGCUCUGUUCCCUGUUAGUUCUGGUUGCCUUCAUCCUAGGCCUUUUGUCUGCCAUUGCACACACAAGUGCUAUGAUGCCACUGACCUUCUGUAAAUCUCACAUCAUAAGCCAUUACUUCUGUGAUGUUCUCCCCCUCCUCAACCUCUCCUGCUCUAACACACAUCUCAAUGAGCUUCUCCUCUUCAUCAUUGCAGGAUUCAACACUUUGUUUCCCACCCUAUCUGUUACCAUCUCCUAUGUCUUCAUCUUCUACAGUAUCCUUCGUAUCAAGUCAUCAGAGGGCCGGUCUAAAGCCUUUGGAACCUGCAGCUCUCACCUCAUGGCUGUGGGGAUCUUCUUUGGGUCUAUCACCUUCAUGUAUUUCAAACCUCCUUCAAGUAAUACUCUGGAGGAAGAGAAGGUGUCCUCUGUGUUUUAUACCACAGUGAUCCCCAUGCUUAACCCAUUAAUUUAUAGUUUGAGGAACAAAGAUGUGAAAAAAGCAUUGGGCAGAUUCUUGGUGAGGAGAUAA